AUGCCGACGCGCGCGGUCGCGGUGGUGCUCGCGGCGACGCUGGCGGCGCGAGGCGCGCGCGGGGAACACCCUCGGGACGCGAGCAACUGGCAAGGAAAGCACGCGUGCGACGCGGCGGGCAGAGCGGCGAAGCCGCGGUCGGUGCGCGACGUGUCGGAGGCGGUGUACGCGUCGACGGAUGCGCGCGCGAACGGUGCGGGGCACUCGUGGCAUUCGGGAUUGUUUUGCGCCGCGAACGGCGGGACGCGCGUGGACGUGAGCGAGACGCGGGCGGUGCGCGCGGCGGAGCGUUUCGCGCUGGACGAAGGGGCGAUGGCGGCGCGCGCGGACGCGGGGAUGCUGACGAGAGAUUUGCUCGAUGGGCUCGCGAGACGUGGGUACACGCUGCCGGCGUUUCCGUGGUUCAUAGACCAGACGAUCGGGGGGGCGAUCGCGACGGCGAGUCACGGGAGCUCGCUCAGAGCGGGAUCGCUCUCGUCGCAGAUGGUGGCGUGCACGCUUGUCAAGGCAGAUGGUUCCGUGGAGCAUUUCUCCGAGGGCACGACGCCCGCGCCGUUGUUCGACGCGCUGCGCGCGAACAUCGGGCGGUUGGGUGUCGUCGUUGACGUCACGCUGCGCGUGGUGAAGAACACGCGAAUCACUCGUAGAAACGAGGACGUGAGUCCCGAGGCGUUCGUCAACGAGAUGCGGCGCGUGCAGGACGCGGUGCGAGCGUGCGAGCGCGAUUACGCUGGCAACUUUGACGCGCAGUGGUCGUGCGCGAUGAACAAGCCAGAGGUGCGUGCGCUCGAUGAAACCCAGUUUUUCUGGUACAUUCCCCUCGGUGAAAUGAGUCGCGUGCACUUCGAGCGCGAGGAGCCGAUGCCUUCGUUUCCUCGAUACGACGAGCGAGGGUCGAAGGAGCUUUCCUCGAUUUGGUAUGGUUCGUUGAGCGGCAAUGAUUUGAUUCGUGACUCGCCUCGCCGUGUUCGCGAUAUCACAUCUCCUGUGACGCUGAUGAGCGCCGACUCGAUGGCGGAAUCCUGGGCGAGACAAUGGAAGCGCGCGACUCUCGCGAACAUCGCCAAUAACACAGAAGAACAACGAGAUAAUUUUUUAUCGAUGACUGAGCGCCAGUACGAGUUACAUCAGCGAUACGGGUACGAGCAACUUGAAGUCGCGGUGCCGUUAACGAAGGCUGGCGAUUGCAUGCGCGCGUUCAAGGAGGCCUUGUACGACGACCGGCAGUUGAAUUUAGGAUUUCGCUCGCAGGCGUUACUUCGGUUCAUCAAACCCGAAAGCGCGUGGCUGUCGCCCGCACAUGGGCGACUUGGGUCCUUGUACAUCAACAUUGAAGAUUUCAUCAAGUAUUCCCGCUUGAUCGAUCGAUAUGGAAAUCCACGCUUUGACGCCGCAGUUAAAAUUUUACGCGGGGACUCGUGCGAAGGGAGAUUGCACUGGGGGAAGUUUGGCUUCCCGGAACGCCGAGGGUGCUUUGACGGUGCCAAGGAGUAUGGUGUUGCGUUUUGUCACUUCGGCUGUCACGUGCAUCGUUUGGAUCCCACGGGAAAGUUUGCUGGAGAUUCAGACGUCUUGCGCUUCGACGGCGUUGAUUUCGUACACUGCUGCGGCGAUGACGGAUUGUUCAAAGAAAGCUCGACGUGUCGGUGCGCGCUAACGGAUCGUCAAUCAUGCUAG